UCGCUCAUGUUCAAAUGAUUGUGGCGACCGAGCUCGACAGGACGACUUGCUACAUAGCGACCGUCGAUGGAAGCUCGACGUUGAGUCGCAGACCCGCGUCUAUCCAUAGCUGCUGUUCCUGCCCUGCUGGUCAUCGUCACCGUCUCUUUACCGUGCCGGAAUCCUUCAACUGACGGAGGUUUCCAAUUUGCAAGGUUGUGAGGGCAGCGGUGGCAGACAGACAAUAGCUGCAGAAAUUGGAGCACAGUGUGAUGGAACUUGCGGUUGUUAGAGCGGACGUGCAGUAUAGCGCGGAGGUUUAACGUGCAGCUACCUGUCUAUCGCGCGAGCUUAACCUUGAACAUGCGUGGUGAGGUUUUGAUUUUGCAAUGAAGGAAGCUGUGCAAUGGUUUCGAAGCGAAUAAAAAGAGUGGAGACCGCAAACGGUUAGUCUUGCAGCUCAUGGGGAGAAGUAUACAUUUCAAAACAGCGAGUAGCAGCUAGGAUACCUGACUUUUGUGGAGCUAUGGAGAGUAGGGCAGAACUAGAACCCCAUCGGUUGUGAGCGUGCGUGAGAAUGAUUCUAGCCAGAAACAAAACGCUACAAAACCUGUUUGCACUUCAAUGAAAUGCUGCUCGGAAUGAAGAAGGCACGUUCCUUCAAAGAGAAAUUUAGAAAGGAGGCAAUCAUGUCCUUAGACAUUCGAAACCGUUUUGUGCUUGUCACGUCCAUGCUCGCGUUUCUGACCUUAGUGCGAUACUGCCGGUUCGCAAGUACCGCGGAAGGUGUUGCUCCAAGCAUACAUGCAUCCUUGCAAAUGGACUCGCCUGUCCUCUCACGGAGCGUCAAAGCACAUAACUUAGUGGACGGCAGGCAAAACUAUGUCAUUAGACAGGCCAAAGCUGAUACUAUUGUCUCCAAUGAGCUUGAACCAAAUUUUGGAGGACCCCUCAGUACGACCCGGACAAAGGACGAAGACGCGGGGGUUGGCAGUAGGGCCCUGUGUGAAAAUGGGUAUGUUUACAUUCUCAACGUUCCGCGAGAAUUCAACGAGCAGUUGCUGAAGGAGUGCCACAAAUUGAAAGAUUGGAGCGACAUGUGCGUUGCGCUUUCAAACGCUGGCCUUGGCCCAGCAAUGGUAGACGAGGACGCGUUCAUCCGAACGGGAUGGUACGAAACGAAUCAGUUUGCACUGGAGGUGAUUUUCCACAACAAGAUGAAGCAGUACGAUUGCUUGACGAGCAACUCAAGCACGGCGUCGGCCAUCUACGUCCCCUUCUAUGCAGGGCUUGAAGCCUCACGGACCCUCUGGAACAGCGACAUAAAACUGCGAGAUGUUGUUCCUCUGAAGUUCGUAGAGUGGCUACAGAAGCAGCCGGAGUGGUUAGCACAUGGUGGCCAUGAUCAUUUCAUGGUUGGGGGAAGGAUCACUUGGGAUUUCAGGAGGAAGGGAAACGGUUGGGGUAACAAGCUGCUGAACCUCUCGCCCAUGCAGAACAUGACCACUUUGGUCAUUGAAUCGAGCACAUGGGAUACUAACGACAUGGGCAUCCCUUACCCCACCUAUUUCCACCCAUCGUCCUACUCCGAGAUCGAGACAUGGAGAGAGAAAGUGAGAUCCUUCCAGAGGAAUGUGCUAUUUUCUUUCGCCGGAGGUAAACGAAAGGACAUGCCAAAGUUGAUUCGUGGGCAGCUGAUCGACCAAUGUCGAAAAUCGCCUUUUUGUAAGUUGCUUAGCUGCGACAAAGGUGCCUGCCAAUCACCCCAGCCUGUGAUGAAACUGUUCGAAGAGUCGCAAUUUUGUUUGCAGCCCCAGGGUGACUCUGCAACUCGCAGAUCUAUCUUCGAUUCCAUGCUGGCUGGCUGUAUUCCUGUCUUCUUCCACCCGGACUCGUAUUCUGGCUACAGUUGGCACUUGCCUAAAAACCAAUCGGAGUAUUCCAUCUUCAUUUCGGAAGACCUGAUCCGCUCAGGGGAUUUGACCGUGGAAAGUGUCCUGCGGAGAGUUUCAAGUGAGGCGAUUCAACAGAUGCGAGAUAAGAUUCUCGAGCUUAUUCCUAACUUCGUGUACGCUGAUCCUCGCAUGUCCAUCUUGGAGGAGUCGACUGACGCGUUCGGUAUUGCGAUGAAGGGAGUAUUGGAGAGGAUAUCUGAAAAGAAACGGACUCUGGCACAGCAGUUCUGAGAUGCUGAAUCAGUGGUAGCUCAAGAUUAAUUGUUUCAGAAUAACAGAGCGUAGGUAUUCGGAGGUUGUUGUGCGAGGAAAAACUAAAUGUAUAUACUAUACGUAGAGUAAAUUUGUAUUUGACCUCACCGCCUGA